AUGGCGCAGGAGGAGAGGGAGCUCCAGGUCAGAGCCCUCGACGGGCGGUCUACCGCCGUGACGCUCGCCGCCGCCGCGUCCGUCCGGGACCUCAAGGCCGCGCUCCGGAGCUCCUUCGCGCCCGCGCAGAUCUCCAACAACUUCCACCUCUUCCUCAAGGUGCACCUCCCCCGCCUCUCUGACCCUUUUGCUUUGUUUUCUGAUGGUAGCAUUUUUUUUCUCGUGAUGAAGGGUGCUAAACUACGAUUAGACGCCGAGAUUGACAGCCUUGCUGUCAGCCAUGGCGAAUUCAUUGUUCUCGUUCCCUUUACACGGAAGUCAGCGCAGUCUUCUCCAGCGGCCACCCCAGGCGAAGAGCAGAGUGCAAAUCCACCAAUUUCACCGGAAGUUGCGGCUGAAGCUAAUUCGGCCUGGCAAGACAUUAUGGAGGACCUCUCAUCAAUACCGAGUAGCCCACAUGCUGCUGAUGCUGCACCGAAAGAUUUGUGUUCUGGGAGCUAUGAGGAGGAUGUGUCAACUGGUAAAAGCCCGUCCACUGGACGUACAGUGAAAAAGAGAAAAAUAUUUAAGGAAAAUGGAAGUAGUUCCAGGGAUACAUCUCGAGUGGACAGCGCGUCGGAGCAGCCUAGCAUGAAUAAGAAGAAUGGUUUUGUCAAAUCUGCUGCAUCAUCAUGCCAUGAUAAACACCCGUUAGGACCUGCUGAAAUGGUUGAACAUCUGAAAAAAGGCCUUGGAAAGGAGGGGCAGAUUGUACAUAUUGAGGAGAUACCAUGCAGAGGAGCAUCAUAUGCAGAACUACCUCUUGAUCUCUCAGAAGCUAUGAAGGAAGCAUUACAAAGUAUUGGAAUAUCUAGAUUGUACAGCCAUCAGUCCGAAGCUAUACAAUCUUCCAUUUCUGGGAAGCAUGUUGCAGUCGCAACCUCAACAUCGAGUGGCAAGUCUUUGUGUUACAAUAUUCCUGUCCUGGAAUCUCUCUCUCAAGAUUCGACGGCGUGUGCUCUUUAUAUAUUUCCGACAAAGGCUUUAGCUCAAGAUCAGUUGAGGACUUUACUGGAGAUGAAAAAAGCAUUUCACACUGAUAUUAAUGUUAACAUCUAUGAUGGAGAUACUCCCAGAGAAGAUCGUCUGUGGAUCAGGGAUAAUGCCCGGCUGUUAAUUACCAACCCAGAUAUGCUGCAUGUGUCAGUCUUGCCGUGUCAUGGUCAAUUUCGAAGGAUUUUGUCAAAUCUGAGGUAUAUUGUCAUUGAUGAAGCACAUUCAUAUCAAGGAGCAUUUGGCUGCCAUACUGCACUUAUACUUAGAAGAUUGAGGCGCAUUUGUUCAAAUAUUUACGGCAGUCAUCCUACAUUCAUGUUUUGUACAGCUACCUCAGCAAACCCACGUGAGCAUGUUAUGGAGCUGGCCAAAUUGGAUAAUGUUGAGUUGAUUCAGAAAGAUGGAAGCCCGUGUGGUUCAAAAUAUUUUCUCUUGUGGAAUCCCCCACUAUAUAGGACAAAAGAGGGAGGUUCAAAAGGUAGUUCAGUAACUAGGCGCUCAAGCCCAAUAGUAGAGGUUUCGUAUCUGUUCUCGGAGAUGGUUCAGCAUGGGCUCCGCUGCAUUGCAUUCUGUAAAACAAGGAAGCUCUGUGAGCUUGUUCUAUCUUACACGCGCGAAAUUCUCGAGGUGACUGCAAAAGAACUGGUAGAUUCUAUUUGUGUAUAUCGUGCUGGCUACAUUGCAGAGGACAGAAGAAAAAUUGAGGCUGAUCUCUUUGAGGGAAAACUUCGUGGUGUUGCUGCCACGAAUGCUCUUGAGCUGGGAAUUGAUGUUGGACAUAUCGAUGCAACAUUGCAUCUUGGAUUUCCUGGUAGUGUUGCCAGUUUAUGGCAACAAGCCGGAAGAUCUGGAAGGAGAGCAAAACAAUCAUUAGCCAUUUAUGUAGCAUUUGAGGGUCCUUUAGAUCAGUAUUUCAUGAAAUCCCCACAUAAACUAUUUGGCAGACCAAUUGAGCACUGCCAAGUUGAUUCACAUAACCCAAAGGUUUUGGAACAACACCUUGCAUGUGCUGCUUAUGAACAUCCACUAUGCUUGCAAUAUGAUGAGAAUCACUUUGGUUCUAGUCUGGAUAGUAUAAUGACGACUCUAAAAGAGAAAGGUUAUCUGAUUAACAAUCCGCCCGGACCUUUUUCUUCUACUAUGUGGAAUUAUAUUGGGCUGGAGAAAAGACCUUCACAGACAGUGAGCAUACGAGCAAUUGAGCAUGACAAGUACAGUGUGAUAGACAAGUUAAAUAACAGAUUACUUGAAGAAAUUGAGGAAAGUAAGGCAUUUUUCCAGGUUUAUGAGGGUGCUAUUUACAUGCAUCAGGGUGUUAAUUACUUAGUUGAGGAGCUUGAUUUGUCAUCAAGAACAGCUUUCUGCAGGAAAGCUGAUGUGAAGUAUUACACAAAAACACGAGACUACACUGAUAUCAAUGUCAUCGGAGGAGAUUUCGCUUAUCUUCCAACGGUUACAUGCAAAACUAACUGUUUGAAGACAACUGCCCAAGCAAAUGAUUGCCAGGUGACAACCAAAUGGUUUGGCUUUCAUCGCAUAAGUAAAUCAGGCAAUAAAAUAUUGGACAGCGUUGAACUUAGCCUACCUCCAUAUUCCUACAAUUCUGAGGCUGUUUGGAUACGGAUUCCGCAGUCGGCGAAAAUUGCUGUGGAGGAAAGGAAGCUAGAGUUUCGAGGUGGUUCACAUGCUGCUUCACACGCUAUGUUGAAUAUAUUGCCUUUGCAUAUGAUGUGUACUUCUUCUGACCUAGGAACAGAAUGUGUAAAUCCUCAUGAAACCCGUGGUAUGCCAGAAAGAAUCCUUUUAUACGAUAAACAUCCUGGUGGUAUCGGCAUAGCAUCAAAGGUCAAAAUAAUUUUUGGGGAACUUCUACUUGCUGCUUUAGAGCUUGUUUCGACAUGCAGUUGCAUUAGUGAUGCUGGUUGUCCAAAUUGUAUCCAAUCGUUGACAUGUAGCGAAUAUAAUGGGGUUUUGGACAAGGAGGCGGCUAUUUUGAUCCUGAAGGGAGUAAUUGAACACGAGAGGUCGGAUCUCGAAGUGGAAGAAUCUGCUGAUCAUAGCUGAUGUAUAAAAGAGGUACAAACUGUGAGUUGUGACACAUUGACAAAACAUUCUUUCUAGGCCUUCUCCAUUAGAAACAUAUAAGCAUUCUUGUGGUUACCAAUUGAUUCAUUCCAUGUGCACACGAUUGAAAUUGAACAUGUGUAACAUGAUA